CUUGGUGUGUGUGAAAUAUUGGAUACCUGUUGGCGCACAUGAAACUGGGAGAUGACGUCGUCGCCUAAUCCUCUUAGUCUAAUUCGUUGGACGGCGAAGGUUUCGGGAAUCGAUUCGUCUGCACGAGCAGUUGGAGGGAAAACUCUGGAGGAAACGGCUCCGGGGAAUAAAACAGUUCAGAGACAGUUGCUGGGUGUGUGUGUGUUCAGUCCUCGGCCCUGCACGAUGCUGCCCCGGCGGAUGCUGUGGGGCGCAGUGACGCGCCAUGUCGCUCCGCGCCGGAGCCACAGCGGCGCAGCGCAGCCACAGGUGAAGUCAAAAAAGACCACAUUUGGCCCCCUGAGUGACCAGGACCGGAUAUUCACCAAUUUAUACGGCCGGCAUGACUGGAGACUGCAGGGAGCAGUAAAAAGAGGCGACUGGUACAAGACUAAGGAGAUCAUGCUGAAGGGACCAGAAUGGAUAUUGAAUGAGGUUAAGGUCUCGGGGCUCCGGGGCAGAGGGGGAGCAGGCUUCCCCACUGGAAUGAAGUGGAGUUUCAUGAACAAACCCAGUGAUGGCAGGCCUAAGUAUUUGGUGGUGAAUGCUGAUGAGGGGGAGCCUGGGACGUGUAAAGACCGUGAGAUAAUGCGCCAUGACCCCCAUAAGCUGAUAGAGGGCUGCCUGGUGGCUGGGAGAGCCAUGGGCGCUCAUGCUGCGUACGUCUACAUCAGAGGAGAGUUUUACAACGAGUCAUCAAAUCUACAGGGGGCUAUCAAUGAGGCAUACAAAGCAGGACUGAUAGGGAAGAACGCCUGUGGCUCAGGGUACGACUUUGACGUGUUUGUGAUGCGAGGAGCCGGAGCCUACAUCUGCGGGGAGGAGACGGCCCUCAUCGAGUCUCUUGAGGGCAAACAAGGGAAACCCCGGCUCAAGCCACCAUUCCCUGCAGACAUAGGGGUGUUUGGAUGCCCGACAACAGUUUCCAACGUGGAGACGGUUGCCGUGGCGCCUGCAAUCUGUCGUCGAGGCGGAGCCUGGUUUGCCAGCUUUGGGAGGGAGAGGAACUCUGGGACCAAGCUGUUCAACAUAUCCGGCCACGUGAACACUCCAUGCACAGUGGAGGAAGAGAUGUCUAUUCCUCUGAGGGAGCUAAUAGAGAGACACGCAGGAGGAGUGAAGGGCGGCUGGGACAAUCUAUUAGGAGUGAUCCCAGGGGGGUCCUCCACUCCCAUCAUCCCUCGGCAUGUGUGCGAUGAUGUUCUGAUGGAUUUCGAUGACCUAGUCCGUGCAGAGACUGCUCUGGGAACUGCAGCCAUCAUAGUUCUGGAUAAAUCGACUGAUGUCAUCCGAGCCAUUGCACGUUUGGUUGAGUUCUACAAGCAUGAGAGCUGUGGUCAGUGCACCCCCUGCAGAGAGGGUGUGGAUUGGAUGGAUAAAAUGAUGUGGAGGUUUGUGCGAGGAGAAGCAGCAGUUUCAGAGAUCGACAUGAUCUGGGAGCUGAGCAAGCAGAUCGAGGGACACACCAUCUGUGCCCUCGGGGAUGGAGCCGCUUGGCCUGUGCAGGGCCUGAUCCGGCAUUUCCGGCCAGUCAUGGAGAGGCGCAUUGGUCAGUACAAUAAGAACCACCCUCCAAGAGAGCCAGAGAUUGAAAUGAUCUGAUGUCCAUUUCGGCGUUUAGUCUUCUACAACAUUACAUAGCUCAAAUUAUUCCACACUUUAAACAUCACUAUUGAACAUGAGUUUAAAAAUGUUUUUUUUUUCUGUGUUAAGAUUGAAUAGCACAGGACUAUGAAGUUCAUUCCAAGUUUAAAUUUGUCAUCCUUGGACUUGUAGUCUGUUUUAAUAAUCAAUUCUGCAGUAAUAUCACAAUUAAUCUAUUUAUUAUAUUUUUUAUUGGCAAAUGUAACAGACUUGGUUUGAUAUGACAGGACAGACUUGUAUAAGGGAAUAUAGUGCAAUGAAACACAAGCUCAAACAUUGCAAUAAAUUAAGUUUAUUUAUUUCAUAAAAGCAUGAAAUAAAUUCAUCACUUUUUCUUACAUAUACUCCAAUAGGAUCUGUACAAAAGAACAGAAUGGGAAAGGUUGGUGUCACCGACUUGGACAGAAAGAAGGAGAGGAACGGGGAAGAAAGUAGGACAUUUGGGGUGAAAUCAAAAGUGGCACCGUGAUGUACAACAUCAUUGCCA